CUGCUGCAGUUAAUUCUGCGCAAAGUGCAGAAACGAACGACCAAGAUGAUGGCACUGUACACAAACACCUACGCGAUGUUGCUAGGGAGACUGUUGCCAAGGUUACGGGGGUCUGGCGGCGGCUCAACGGUGCAGUACGAUACGUUGCAGAUGUGGUUCAAGGUCAUAUACGAAAUGUGCGACUGUCGAUGGGACUACUUCUUCAACCGGUAG